CACAUCUUUGAUCUCAAAUUCUCAGUCCCCAUAUGGCAAACCCACCUGAGAAAUUGGCCUCAAUUCACGAAGUUUCUACACCACCGGAAGAGAGUUAUGAUGACUUUGAUGAGGAAGAAAUAGCUCCAUCUUCUUCUUGUGGUUGUUUAUGGGGAUUUUACUUUAGGGCACUGCGUGGAAGAAGCAACAUUGGAACACAGAGAUAUCUACUGCAACAACAAGAAGGAGAUCAAGUAAAAGAAAAUUGGUUGGUGGAGAAUGCGAAGAAAGUACGAGAGUUUUCGGAGGUUUUAGCAGGACCAAAGUGGAAGAAUUUCAUCCGCUCCUUCAGUACAAUUUACAAGAAAAGAAGGGUGCAAUUUCAGUAUGAUCUGCAAAGCUAUGCGCUUAAUUUCGACGAUGGGGGGUUUGACAGGGAAGUAGAGGGUAAUUCUUAUCUUCAUUUUUCGAAUGCCGGAUAUGCAUCUUGUCCAGGGAUGAACAAUGCCAAGUUCUGAUUUGCUAACACUCCCUGUCCUCAUGUUUGCUGUUGUUGCUCUUGCUCAGUUUUAUAUGUGUUUCACGCAUAGAUGAAAAUGAGCUACUUGUUUGUUUAUAGAGAUUGUUUAUUAUUCACUCUUUCAUUU